AUGAUGGGGAACUGUGUGGGGAAGAGGGAGAAAUCGUUCUCGGAAAAGGAGCUGCCAAGCUUACCGAGAACUCCUGUAAUCAUUACCAGUGCACCAUGUUUUAUUGCUUUAUUCGACUAUGAGGCAAGAACCGACGAUGAUCUCAGUUUUAAGAAGGACGAGGUUCUAGAAAUUCUCAACGAUAUGCAAGGCGAUUGGUGGUUUGCUAGACAUAAGGGUACCGGUAAAACCGGAUAUAUUCCCAGUAAUUACGUUGCGAAAGAGAAAAGUAUCGAAUCACAACCAUGGUAUUUUGGUAAAUUACGUCGAUUGGAUGCGGAAAAAGCGUUACUUCAACCAGAAAAUCAUCACGGGGCAUUUCUUGUGCGAAAUUCCGAGAGCCGACAAAACGAUCUGUCAUUGUCAGUUCGCGAAGACGACUGCGUAAAACAUUAUCGUAUUCGACAAUUGGAUCAAGGAGGGUAUUUUAUAGCAAGACGUAGACCGUUCAGUACGCUACAGGAUCUAAUCACACAUUAUUCAAAUGAUGCCGAUGGUCUUUGCGUACAACUCACCGAACCGUGCGUUAAAUGUGACGCACCGCAAACGUCGACUUUCACGUACGACGAUCAAUGGGAAAUUGAUCGACGCUCGAUUCUCUUCAUCAAACAAAUCGGGGCCGGUCAGUUCGGCGAGGUAUGGGAAGGACGUUGGAACAAUACCGUACCUGUAGCGGUGAAAAAAUUGAAAUCAGGCACAGCAGAUCCAGUGGAUUUUUUGGCUGAAGCGCAAAUCAUGAAAAGACUAAGGCAUCCUAAACUCCUAACCCUUUACGCGGUAUGCACCAAAGAUCAACCAAUAUUAAUAGUCACUGAAUUGAUGCAGGAGAACCUGCUAUCCUUCCUACAAGGCAAAGGCAGACAAUGCAAUCUUCCACAAUUGGUUGAAAUUGCCGCUCAGGUUGCCGCCGGAAUGGCCUAUCUGGAAGAGAUGAAUUUUAUUCAUAGGGAUUUAGCGGCCCGUAAUAUCCUAACAAAGAAUAACCUUAAUGUGAAAAUAGCCGAUUUCGGUUUGGCUCGACUAUUGCACACGGAGAAUCAGUACGAGGCUCGAGUGGGGGCUAGAUUCCCGAUCAAGUGGACAGCACCAGAAGCAGCAAAUUUCAAUCGAUUCACCACGAAAUCUGAUGUUUGGAGCUUUGGGAUUCUACUUACAGAGAUUACAACCUACGGUAGGACACCGUAUCCAGGUAUGACGAAUGCAGAAGUUCUGCAACAAGUGGAUGCCGGUUACCGUAUGCCAUGUCCACCUUCGUGUCCACUGGAAUUGUACGAGAUUAUGUGCCAGUGCUGGAAAGCCGAUGCAGAUAAACGGCCCACUUUCGAGACUUUGCAGUGGAAAUUGGAAGAUCUGUUCAAUUUGGAUACUCUCUCUCGAUGGAAGACAGCCGUUUCCUUCCUUUCCGUUCCUUGUAAAUCGUUGCUAAAUCUUGAUUCCCUCACUCUUCCAAAGACGAUGGGUGAUGCUGGAUUUUUCCGAGGUACUAGCUCGGAUCAGGAUGGCCGAUUCUCUGACAAAGAAAAGAAGUUGCUCAAACAGAUGAAAUUCGAGAACACAUUAGAUCGGAAGAUCAAUAUGGACAAAAUCAACCUGGACGUAAUCAAGCCGUGGAUCACGAUGCGCAUCAACGAAAUUCUUGGCAUCGAAGACGACGUUGUGAUCGAGUAUAUUAUGAGUCAAUUGGAGGAAAAAACUAUUAAUCCUAAAAUCAUGCAGAUAAAUAUCACUGGUUUUUUGAAUGCCAGACGUGCGCGUGAGUUUAUGGGGGAGCUGUGGGAGUUGCUAAUUGAAGCCGACGAUGCAGAUGACGGUAUUCCACGUAGUUUAAUCGAGAAGAAAAUCGAAGAGUUGCGUAAGGAAACACGACCAAGCGGGAACGGAGAAGCGAAACCAGAGCCUACACCUCAGUCUACCGAUUGGGCAACAAGAUACAGUUCCUUAUCUGGUGGCCGUUACACAGGUCCUACCAAAGAAAAAGAGGUACCAGAUGAUCGUAUUACGAAGAUAAGCCCCCGAGGAGGGACGCCUCCACGGCAGCGAAAGAACAAUGCGCCUCGUGAAGAUACACCACCCAGAAGGAGAGCUCAUGAUGAUCGCGAAAAGGAUCGUGAAAAAGAUCGUGAAAAGGACCGUGACAAAGAACGUGAACAACGUAGACAGCAGCGUAUAGAGGACGAAAGAAGAAGAGAGGAGGAGUCGAAGAAAAGAGAGGAAGAUAGGCUAAAAAGACGUGCUGAAGAGAGGGAACGAGAGAGAAGGCGAGACGAAGAGCGUGCAAAAGAAAGGGACCGUCGACGUGCUGAAGAACGGGAGCGCGAGAAGCGAAGGAGAAGGAGCCGAAGUAGGUCAAGGUCACGUUCUCCUGUAAAGAGGCGUUUCACUGAGGGCACUUCAUCAAGCAGUAAACGCAAGAGAAGUCCUAGUUCUUCUUCUGAGGAAGAUUCCAGGAAAAAGAAGAAGAGCAGCAAGCGCAAGUAUCGUUCCAGUGAUGAUGAUUCGGAGUAUGAAAGAAAGUCGAAAAAGGACAAGAAAUCGAAGAAACACAAGAAGGAGAAAAAGAAGAAAGAGAGGAAGAGGUCUCCAACUCCGAGCAGUGAUUCUUUGAGCGACACAGAGUAA